GACGAGUCGUGCUCAUUGAUCCAAUUGGAAUUUGAUACGUUCAAAGCUCACAAUUGUCAGUCUCAAUUCGACACUUUGGAGAAAAUGAAGACGUCGCAAUUUUGCAUCCCUUGUCAUACGCGUUACACUGCUCUUUGUACCUAUUUGUGUAUACCCAUUAACCCAAUAUUAGUCCUUUGACAUUGGUCAACAUGCAAUGCAAUCAUUAACAUUAUUAAAGUCUUUUGGUCAAAAAAAGUGGAAUCGAGUAAACCGUUCAAACUUUUUGUGUACUUUUGCAUAAGUUUUAUUAUAACCUUAAUUUUUAUUACCUAGCAAGAGAUGGAUGGAUAGAUGCAACAUCAUAAGUACGAUAUAGCGAGAUUUCUUGUAAAAGUUGUCAACCUUGAUCAAGGUUCCUUUCGCGACAAAUGAAAUGGGCACCCACUCCUGGAUGAGCUCCAUCAAGUAAAUAGUCGUACUUUUAGUCAGCACAAUUUCAUCAGAAGAGUAAAACAGUUGUCACAAUUUCACACCUGAGAAACUCGUUGGAACAAUGUCCAUGAAAGCAUCUUUCGAAGGAAGGAGUGUUUUGGUCACGGGAGGUGCUCGAGGGAUCGGAUUGGCCAUCGCCAAAAAAUUUUGCGAGGCCGGCGCCACAGUCACCGUUCUAGAUCAGGACGAAUCUCAACUGGAAAUAGUGAGCAAAACUCUUGACGGAAUCAGGACCAUUUCGUGCAAUCUUGGCGACUGGGAGGGCACUCGGAGCAAGAUAGCGUCACUUGGACCGUUUCACCAUCUCGUCAAUAACGCUGGAGUUGCCAGACCCGCAGAAACGUUACUGAACAUCAAGCCGGCAUCUAUUGACGAUGUUUUUGGCAUAAAUUUCAAGUCGAUGGUGAACGUGACUCAAGUUGUGGCUGAAGGAAUGAUCGAGUCGAAGGUGGAGAAUGGGACGAUUGUGAACAUGUCUUCCAUUUCGGACUCUGUGGCGGUGCCUGGCAUGGCGUUGUACUCCGCCUCCAAGGCUGCCGUGACCAUGCUGACCAAAUCCUGCGCCCUGGAACUUGCCCCCCACUCGAUUCGGGUCAACUGCGUCCGACCUGCAAUGGUUCGCACGGAGCAGGUGGGUCGGCUGGCUGGGAGCAAUGCCGUUUUGGAACAGGCCAUCAAAAUCAACGAGCGACGCGUCAUCCCGCGAAUGGUGGAGAUGGACGAGGUGGCCGACUCCGUCCUUUUCCUUUCCUCCACGGCAUCCAGCAUGACGACUGGCUCAGACAUUUUGCUGGACGGAGGAAUCUUCACACGUUGACAAAUGUGUCUUUUUUGACAGCGAGAAUAAUGGUUAUUUGUCCAGUGAAAAUCAGCGAAUUUGUGUGACUAAUCUACUUGUAGCGAUGUAAAAGUUUUUAGAAUCCGAUAUGAUUACGUGAUAAACGUCACCCAGUUUUCUCUCAUGAAA